AUGCCAGCACAACGCCAAACCCAAUCCCAGACAGGGGCAGCAAGCCGCCGCAGGUAUCAGCUCCGCUCGAAGGGCCCAGUGGGUCGUGAGAUCUUCCAAGUUUUAGAGGAACGCAAGCCAGCAAAAGUCUCCAAAUCAAAGCCCAAGCCACAACGUUACAGCUUCAAGGUGGGAGUUCGACUACGUCUGGUCUCCAAACAAGCGGCGUUGGGUUUUAUCAGUGGCAGCAGUGCCCCAGAGGCCCCACAAUCCUACCAGCGCAAGUCGCAGAUUGAGAGUGAAGCAGACGCAGGCAGUCAAAACUGUGGCACCAACUUCGCUGUCGAGCAAUUGAUAUACCAGACCCUCCCGUGCAAGGAGGGCCCAAUUGUUGUCAACGCCGAGGUCGAUGUCCAAGAAGAGGUUCCCUUCGAGGCCAUAGUUGAUGCGAAGUUCUUGCCAUCGGACGAUGAUCCUGGUACGCAACCAUACACCCUCAAAAUCACGACGGCACUCGACAUGCAUCUGCCUAUAACAAAACUAACCAAUAUCUCGUUCCGUCCAGAAUUCCGACGCCGCUCAGCCCAAUGGCAGAUCCCACCUGUAGAGGACCCGGAGCGAUCCGCUGGAAAAAUCAAGCUGUCCGAUUUCUUCCAGGCGGUCCGCAAUGACCUGUAUCGCGAUCAAACCGACGCGGACAUGUUCUGGUUUAUGCUGAAACUCCUCGAAGACUUCCCAUCCGAUCGAAAUGGAGACGUCACCUUCCUAGGCGACUGCUACUUCCCUCUGUCGCGCGAGCAUGCGCGUGCCAAGGAAGGCGCCUAUUUCGCCUACUACAUCACACGAUGGAAAUAUGUCAACGAAGGACUCGAGACGCCGCCUCUCGCGAUAUGCGUAUGUAACAACAAGGGCGGCCGAGAAGGCAUCGCCCGCUACGAGAUCCCCCCGCUCCUCCUCCAAGCCUGGAUGAACACGAAGCUCGAAACCGGGGGCCUCGACGACCAGAACGCGUACGUCCUGAGCCAGCAGGGCUGGGACCUCCGGUUCGUCAAGGCCACCAUGCCGGUCCACGAAGCGCAGCGGCUCGGAAGGUUUCCGCACCUCUCCGGGAAGGUCAGGGUGGAGCGGACGAAAGUGUACAAUCUGCGGGAUCCCGGGGAACGGAGGGAGGCGCUGCGGGCGCUGAUGGGUUUACUGCUUUAUUUUCAUGAUCGUCCGGAGUUUGUGUAUGCGAAUACUCAGAGUGGUUAUAUUUUUGUUUGA